AUGCCGGAAUCAAAUCACUGGAAGAAGAGAAAGGGUGGGAAAUAUGGGAAUCAGAAAAGUCGCGUCGCUAUUGAAUCUGGCGAUGCUAUUGAGAGCACCGAAAAGCAAGAGGAAGAGGAGCAAGAUACUGAUGAUGAAGAUAUCGAGGCCCAGAUUCGAAGAGAAUUGGAGGGCCUGCAGCCUAACAAAGACAAACCUCGUCGAUUCCAGCCUAUGCAAAUGGACAUGCCUUGUGUGACAUUCAUGCGCCUUGAUCCUUCAAUAGACCCAGUGGAGCUUGUGCACCGUCUGUGUAGCGAAGCACAUGCCCACCCGGAGACCAAGAAGAGCCGUUGGAUUAAGCGCAUGCAUCCAGUCACAUCAAUCAGAAAGACCAUGAGUGUGGAUCUAGCGGCCUUUGCAAAAGAGAUUCUCAAGCCUCAUUUCCAUUCGGGGGGCCCACCGAAGACGUACGCUAUUCGACCUACUGUGCGAGGCAACUCGAAGCUCAACCGGGACAUUAUUAUUAAGACUGUCGCCGAUGCUGUCGGACCAGAGCAUCCAGUGAAUUUGAGGAACUAUGAUCUAAUGAUCCUCGUCGAUGUUGCCCAAAAUGUAAUUGGAAUGAGUGUUGUGCAGGGUGAUUACGAUAAGCUGAAGCGGUUCAACUUGGCUGAGAUCUAUGACCCUUCACCGAAGGAAGAGCCAGCUGCCGAAGUUAGUAAGGCCAAGGCGGAGCAUCAAUAA